AUGGCAGCAGUAAGCGAAGUAACAGCUACGAGAAUAGUACAGUCUUACGUGUCAUCAAAUAGUUAUUACGGUUACGUACCACCGAUUAAUGAAACAACAACACCAACAACAGCUAUUAAAUUAAAUAAUAAUCAGUAUUUGUACAAUUCUCAACAAAGUAAAGUUUAUUUUAAUAAUACAAACAGUGAUGAAAGAACAUAUCAAAGUCAUCAUCAUCAUCAUCAACAACAACAACAACAACAACAACAACAAAAUAAUGGAAAUAACGGAUUAGCCAUGGAAACAGAUGAUAUUGAUAAUAAUCACUAUAAUGGAGAUUAUAAAUUACACUGCCAGAAUAACCAUUACGUGAUUCCAGAGAUGGUGAUGCGUCUCGAAAACAACAACAAAUUCAACACCAGAAGUAACAGAAGUAACAGCGUUGGUGAUCCGGGAGGACGCGGGAUAGGAGAUAGCGUUGGUUUUAUCUACCGAAUGAACCACAGCGACGCCGACGCCGCUCAUCUUAAUAAUAAUAAUAAUAAUAAUAAUAAUAAUAAUAACAUUUACAAUGAUAAUCAUAAUAAUGGAAUAAUGGUUAAUUCAAUGGAGAUUCACCGGCGAAACCGUAAGCGCAAUAAUUACGAUCAUGCCGGAGUUGACCAGGGAUUUUCACACGGACAGUUGAAGAAGUUUCGUCCAGGUAGGAGAGAAUUCAGUACGACUUAUCAACAUAUUGUGGACACCCGUACUGAAGACGGUGGUAACAAACGCGUUUACCGCAAUACAAGGAGUUGUACCGGAGAUAUUGGAUCAUCCGCGGUGCAUAAUGAACCGACAACUCAUUUAGUUUCCAACAGCGUUUGUAGUAUCCCGAUACAGUCCCAGGUUGUCAGCUUCAGUUGCAAUAAUGGUAAUGGUAACCCAUCAGUACUACAAUCACCAGGUAAUUCCAGAGAAAUUGAUCCCGUUCAAUCGUACGAUAUACGUGUUAGUGCUCGUGACAAUAAACGAGCUGAUAAAAAUAGCUCCGUACUGCCGGUUACCAGUACUAAUAAUAAUAAUAAUAAUAAUAAUAAUAAUAAUAUAGUAGAUUAUGAGACAAUGCUGAUGGAGACGCAUGGCUGUUUGGCUUAUCACCUUUACCGCCAUCAGUUUUUAGAUAUCAAUACUUUUGAGGCAGAAUUUUAA